CUUGUGUUGUCCAGGCUCCUCCAGAUCUCCUCAGUGCCUCCGGUUCUCCGCGGGAGUGAAGGAGGGAUGCUGGACCUCUGGCCUCUUGUGUUUGGUCACUGCUUGCUCUCAUCGUGUCUUCUCUUGUGUCAGGCGGAGCUCCAGAGGUCUUGCUCUCAGCACAGCAUAAACAGAGGAGCUGAGGGGUGCCAGCUGCUGUGCCCCUGCAGGACGUACCCUCCUGUUCCUCCUCCACCACCUCCUCCUCCUCCACCGCCAGCUCUGACUGCUGCAGCUCCGGAGGCUUCUGCUCAUCUGCCUAGGCCCUGGUGGAUGGAGAUCAUCGUGGUUGGGACAAUAGGAAGUGCUUUGGCUGUCUUUCUGUUGGUGAUUGUCAUUAUCUGCUACAAGGCCAUAAAAAGGAAACCGAUGAAGAAGGAGAAGAAUGGUACAAAUUGUGGAGAAGAUGCCGUGAGCUCUUUCAAAAAGACCAACAGUGUUGCGGUGGGCACGAGAAGUGUGUGAAACCCAAAGGAAAUGUUUCCAGCUAAUCAAAAAGUCAAAGAGGUCGGAAUAAUGCAAAGCGAUCCAGAGCCCCUCCGGAUGCAAUGUGAAGCGACGGGGCUGCUGUGAUGAUCUGCAUCAGUGACAUUUGCAUGCUAUAAAUCACACAAACCCAGUUCAAGACAGAUGUCUGAAUCAAACUGAUUCCAUAUAGUCAGUCAUUUAAUGUUAACAUGUGUCAUGUCUUUUUAAACUUAUUUUACACAAUGAUUUAUGCAACUUGGACUGGAAAUUGCUGAAAUGUAAUUUCUGAAACUAGUGGUGUGUAAUGUUGAUGCAUGAUCUGAUGCACAUGACACAGGUUCUUCAGCGCAUGACAUAUUUCCAGUCUGUUAUCUCCUCAAGGUUAGAACACUAAAUGUGCUACUAAAUGAUAGUAAUUGAAGGCAGAGCGGGCAUCUGAACAGAGUGAAGGCACUCGGUUGUGUAGUGAUUACAUGUUAGGUUCGGGUUAAGCAGCAGGCGAGUUUGAUGCACUUAUAAGGGUGGGAGGAUUUAUAAUGACCCAUAAUCCAGGAAGGUCAUAAUUAAGAUAAUUACUGAUGUUGUUGACCUUGCUGGUGUGCCAGACAGCAUGACUUGGAUCUGUUAGAGCAGUGGAUUUGGGUUUGUUGUUCUUGUGUCUGUGCAACUGCCUUU